AUGGCAGAAUCAUUAAAAUCAGUUGAUAAACGACGUAGAUCAUUUUUAUUAGCUAAUAGGAAUAAUUCAUUAUCAAUAGAAACUGACAUUAUUCCUUCACGUCGAAAAUCUGUGACAAAAGUUAGUGAUAAUCAUCUGGAACAUUUGAUAUUAGGUGAUUUUGAAUUAAUUCAUAUUGUUGAUUGUGAAGAAUAUGUAUUGUGUUGUAAAUAUAGUCCUACAGAUGAUGUAUUUGCUGUUGGUCUAGGCAAUGGUACAAUUAAAAUCUAUUCAAAAGCAGGUGUAUUGCAAUAUGUUCUUACUGAUAAUGAUGCAAAUGCACGACGUUAUCCAGUCACAUGUCUCAAAUUCUAUUCAAAUCAAACAGAUUUAAACGGUGACAAUUAUAAACUCUUAGCUGCUACUUAUACUGCUGGUUAUGUCAAAGUUUGGCAUUAUUCAACUCAACAAUGUAUUUUUACAUUUAAUGAAAAAGAACGCCAACCAUUAGCACUUGAUUUUAAUUGUAGUUAUACACGCUUAUAUGUUGCUGGUAGUGAUUGUGUAAUUAAUUGUUAUGAUUUUAUGACGAAGACAUUAAUUCGUAAAUUUCAAGCAUCAGAAAGUCGAGAACUUAUGGAUGGACAUAAAAAUCGUAUUCAUGCUAUUCGUUCACAUCCAACGAUGGAAACUGUUUUUUUAACAGGUGGUUGGGAUGAAACUAUUCAUUAUUGGGAUGAACGUGCACCACAUUCACAAAAGCAUUUUUCUGGCCCAAAUAUAUGUGGUGAUGCAUUGGAUAUUGUUGAUGAACGUCAAACUAUUUUAACAGGUUCUUGGAGAAAAAAUUCAACAUUACAAAUUUGGGAUUUUUCAUCUGGUAAAUUAAUUAAAGAUCCAUUUCGUUCGAAAGCAACAUCAAUGCUUUAUUGUACAAAAUUCACUCCAAAAGAUUAUAUCUUAUGUGCUGGAAAUGCUAAGAAUGAAGCACUUAUUUAUGAUUAUUCAUUAUUACAGAUCAUCGGUGGUAUAACCAAUCUUGAAAAUGCUGUCUAUUGUGCUGAUACUGGCGUCACUGGACGAAAUAUGAUUGUUGGUUCAGCUAAAAAGAUUUUUAUUGUCAAUGAUAAUUCUCUUCUUAGAUAA